GCCGGGAAGUUUCCUUCUCUGCGGGGAGACGCUGGUUCAAAGUGUCAUGGGCAAGAUCUCAACCAGAAAAACACGAUCUUCAGGUGCAGAUCUAUCAGGAAGAGCUUUGCAGUCUCUGAGAAGCUGUUGGAGCUCACGGGCAGAUCUAGUCGGUCAUGUGUUUCACAUGAGCUGAAGGUGUGAGUGAGCUUUCUGCCCCUCGGAGGGAAGUGACAACUUGAUCUUUACCCACAGCUGCCCGAAACAUGGGUCUCGUGCAGCUGCUGAAAUCCCAGGUCUUGUGCCACCUGAUCAUGUGCUAUGUGUUCGUGGUCAGCGGCCUCAUAAUCAACCUGCUGCAGUUCUGUACGUUACCUGUGUGGCUGAUCAACAAGCAGCUCGCCCGCAGGAUCAACAUCAGGCUUGCCUACUGCAUCUCAAGCCAAAUGGUAGCUACCCUGGAGUGGUGGUCUGAAACAGAAUGCACUCUUUACACCGACCCAGAGAGUUUUCCACUGUAUGGAAAUGAGAAUGCCAUUGUGGUCCUCAACCACAGCUAUGACAUUGAUUUCUUGUGCGGCUGGACUUUCUGUGAGAGAUUCGGAGUUCUUGGGAGCUCUAAAGUAUUGGCCAAAAAAGAGCUGUCCUACGUUCCUGUGAUUGGCUGGAUGUGGUAUUUUCUUGAGAUCGUUUUUUGCAAGCGGAAGUGGGAGGAGGACAGAACGACGGUGGCUCAGAGUCUUCAGAAUCUCCACGAUUACCCAGAGAACUUCUGGUUCUUGCUUUACUGUGAGGGAACCCGCUUCACUCGAAAGAAACACCAGAUCAGCAUGAAGGUGGCCGAAAGCAAAGGACUGCCCAAACUGAAGUAUCACCUUCUGCCCAGGACCAAAGGAUUCUGGGUAACGGUCCAAAACUUGAGAGGAAAAGCCGUAGCUGUUUAUGAUGCCACACUGAACUUCAGGAACAAUGAAACGCCAACCCUGCUCGGGGUCAUGAGUGGGAAGAAGUAUCACGCAGAUUUAUACGUGAGGAGGAUUCCUUUAGACUUGAUCCCAGAAGAUGAAGCAGAGUGUGCGGCUUGGCUCCACAAGCUUUACCAGGAAAAGGAUGGCUUUCAGGAGCAAUACGCGCAGACGGGGCGUUUCCCCGGCCCGGUAAAGAGCCCUCCCCGCCGGCCCUGGUGUCUGAUCAACUGGCUGUUCUGGGUCUGCUUGCUGCUUUACCCCCUGGGCCUGCUGCUCGUUCAGCUCAUAAGCUCCGGGUCGGCGCUCACCAUCGCCGUCGCUGUGGCGCUUUUCUCUGCAGCAUCUCUGGGAUUUCGCUGGAUGAUUGGCCAGACUGAGAUUAGCAGAGGCUCAAGCUACGGCAGUAAGGCCGUUCCUCUGAACAACAACUGAAGAACUGUGAACCGCUCGGUUCAGCUGAACUGCACGCUGCCAGCAGCAGAGGCUUUGACGCCGCUCUGGCAGAAAUGCUGUUGAUCCAACAAGCCCAGACCUGCUCAGAGGCAGAGUGCAGACAGGGUAGUGUCAUCCUAAUGCUAUGCUGCAACGGCUCCAAACUGGACAGCAGUGUGUGGAGGAAAACUGAGAGAGAAAUGUGGCUUUGCGACAUUCUCCUCGGAUCACGGCGUGCGCAUUUUUUUUAAAACCACAAAAGAUAACUGGAUUAAAACGAGACCAGCUGAUAAAUGGACUACCUCUCUGACUGCAAUGUAAGGUGCAAAAAAAGGCAUUUCUAUUGUGGAAUUAAUAAACAUCCAACUUUUGAAAAUGAAUGAAUAUCGGUGCAUGCUGUUUGGACAUAUUCAGCACUGUGUGUGUGUGUGGUGAGGAGGCUGGAGCGGUUUGCUCGCUGUGCCCGUUUUCUUGUGUGGAUGUGUUGUUUCUCAGGAACUUUCCACUGGCUACGCUCCAGUAAAACGAACAUCUCCUCACCGGCUCUGAAAAGCCCCCGAGGGCAUCAAACUGACUUCAGUCCCUGAGCCAAAGCAAAGGUGAGUAUCGUACUGUGCACAUAAAUGAUUUAUCAAACCGCGGAUCACCUUGAGUCGACUGUGCACAAUGUAGCGGCCGAGCAAAGUCAGAUCUCUCCAGUUCGAGAUAAAAAUGAUCAAGAUCCCUCUCUCAGAUUGCAGAUUCUUAUUUGCACUGUUGGGUAACUGGCACACUCUGUGCACGGCUUGUUGACUGUAUAAACAGAGCUAGCAGUGACUUAGCAAACAUUUAAAGCCAGGAAAAGGAAAAAAAGAAAUCUAAUCUGAACCUUCCAAGUCAUUCAUUGUGGUUAUAUUAUCACAGCGCAGAUUUAUUUCUUCUGAGGGUCCAUUGGCAUCACCUGUGGCUUCUGGGAAGACUUCAGCAAUGAGAGAUGGAGACAAUGAACUGACAAAAAGAGAUACAGAGGAAUAUUUAGACACAGAGACACCUGCUGGCUGCAUGCAAACAGGACACACACCGUCCUGUCGAGAACAGCUUGUUGACAUUCACUUUGGAAAUAGUUAAUCUUUAGAAAAUCACAAGCAGGGAAACAUGCACCUUUGGACAUCAGUAGUUUUGUAUAUACCGGAAUAGCUAAAGAGUAUAAGUGAAGAAUUCAGAAUGUUUGAAACACUUUUUUUCAGACAUCAUGACUUGUAUUUAAAGCCACCCUGAUUGUAAAUCUACACACGUUGCAGCUUUGAAAACGUUGCUGUAAAAUGGCCAUAUUGAUAGAACUACACUUAUCUGUAGCUGAUUUUCAAGGCGAGAUGAAGAUUUUCCUCAUCAGAUCGAGAUAUGAUUAUCUCCUUACAAGAGCACCAUGGGGUAAAAAAAAAAAAAAAAAAAAAAAUCAAUGUUCAGUGAA